UAAUGGUAGUUUUCGAAUUACAGAGCAUAAUGCGACUCAGUGGCGUACAAUGCCGAAUUAUGCUAAUGCUUAAUUGGAACGUGAAUUAGUUUUCAAAUGCACCAGCAGAGUGCGCUAAGUUCAGUGUUGAAAAGAAAAGUCCAUGUUUGUACCUUCAUCCAUACUUAUAUAUAUUUUUUUAACAGUUUGAAUCAAUUAUGCUAUUUAAAAAAAUACAAUGAAACGAAAGCUUUAAAAAAAAAUUAACAAUAAAUAAUAUUACUAAUGAUAAUAAAUAAAACAUUUCGAUCAAUGCCAACUUAAAGAAAAAACACGUUAAUUUUUUGUCACUGAGUUGGUACGAUUGCACGCAUCACACGAAAACAUUACUUUUGAGAGUGCUCGAUUGUGCGAAGCGUUGCUGUAGUUGAAACAUUCAACGUUAAGCAUUAUGCCGCAUAAUGCGCUCUAGUGCUGUAAUUGGAAAACUACCAAUGAUUUUCGCACUAUACUAGAUCAAUAUAGUUGAGCGUAGUCUGAAAGCACCUUGAUAACGUCAGUGAUAAUUUGCCAUUAACCAUGGAGUAACUUUGUACGUGCACCCAGCCCAAUGUGUAGGUAUGGAACCGAUGGAACGUAGCUCAGUCAGCAGCGAGCUCCGUGUUGUUUUUUUUGUUGGAGAGUUUUUGGCGGGAUUUUAUUGAGUGCGGUUGGCGUCUUAUUUUAAUUAUUCUUAAAUUUAUUCAUAGUGGAUAUUGUGAAAUAAAAUUGGUGUGAUUUUGUGUUACAAUCGUCUGCGCAACUGAAGAAUUAGUGGAAUCUUUAAAAUAUACGCUAUUCCGGUCAAGUGGACGUGAGAAUUUUAUUGUAGUAUUGACUACCUCACAGAAGCUUAUCGAAAAAGCCAACUAGAUAUAUUUCGUGCCAAACACUCCAAGAAGCAUUAGAAUGCGUCACACCCACAUUCUAAUCUAAAAAAAAUAAAAAAAGGAAGAUUAUUACAAAAAUAAGACGAUGGCUGCAUGGCUUUGCCUUUGCCUUUCGCAAUAGAGAAGAUUAGAACUAAAAAAAAAACACUUGUUUUUUUCAUGAUUUUUUGGAUGAUUAUUUGCAACAGCUGAUUUACAUUCCUUUAACGUCACAAUUCGUAGAGUUUAAAUGUUUUGUGAACACAAUAACUUUUAUUUAUAUUUAUAAAGUGUACUUAGCUGAAAAAUGGACUUACUUUGUGUGAUCUUACUCCUCCAAUUUGGGUUUGUAUACAAUAGAGAAAAUAAUUGUGGUUGCGGUGUAAAUAAUGACCGUCGCACCGAAAACAUUUAUAGUGAAGCUGCCAAUGAAAAGUCUGCUCAUUGUACUAAACUUAAUGAAAAUAAACACAGUGAAUAUGAUGAAGAUUCCAAAGACGGUAUGGUGCUGAUACCCACUGAUGAAUAUCAGGUGGGUACAGAUGAUAUAGUUAUAGAAACGGACAUGGAAGGCCCUAAGAAAACGGUCAACAUCAAAAGUUUCUAUUUAGACAAGUUUGAAGUGUCUAAUAGAGAUUUUAGUAAUUUUGCCAAGUUGACUAACUAUAAGACUGAAGCGGAAAUAUUUGGAGACAGUUUUGUAUUUACAUUGUUCCUCAAUAAUACAAUUAAAGAACAGCUUAUAGAUUUUAGAGUUGUACAAGCUCCAUGGUGGUAUAAGGUGACUGGUGCUAAUUGGCAACACCCCCAUGGACCAGGCUCUAAUUUAUCAGAGUCUAUGGAUCAUCCUGUGGUGCAUGUAUCAUGGAAAGAUGCUAAAGCAUAUUGCUCAUGGCGUGGAGCCCGAUUACCUACUGAAGCCGAAUGGGAAGCAGCAUGUAGGGGUGGUAAGCACAAUACAAAAUAUCCCUGGGGUGACAAAUUGUUUCCUGAUAAAAAGUAUAUGGCAAACAUUUGGCAAGGCACUUUUCCUAAUUACAAUUCUGCAAAAGAUGGAUUCAUAGGCACUAACCCUGUACAUAUGUUUCCUGAGAAUGGUUUUGGUCUUUACAAUAUGGCAGGAAACGUUUGGGAGUGGACUGAAGAUUCAUGGUCUAAGGAUUCUCCUAAAGAAAAAGUUAAGAAAGGUGGUUCCUACUUAUGUCACAAGUCGUAUUGCUACAGAUACAGGUGCUCAGCUCGAUCACAUAAUACGGAAGACAGUUCUGCAGUUCAAUAUCACUAUGAAAUUCAGUGAUGAGGAAUGAUGCUAUGCACUAUUUAAUUUGUGAUUUAAUAGGUAACAUGGACCUAUAAAGUGAUCUGUUCUUAUUGAGACUUACGAUUAGUUGACCGGAAUUUAUGAUAAGUCCCAAAAUGUUGCUACUUCUAUACUGCUAAUUGUUGAUUAAAGGAGUAAAAAAACAACAUAAUAUUCAUUGUCCUUAUUAUGUAUUUAUUUGCAUAUCUUUGUAUAAAAAUUACAAUAGGUACACAAACCAAUUUCAAUAUGAAUGAAACAAUAUUUUACAAAAGUGGCUUUAAUUUAUAUUUGUAUGAUUAAAGUUCGGAGCACAACGUUUGGCGAAUUUAAUCACCAUAAGUACAAAAAUAAAACGGAAGACUAUAAAUAAAGGAAGAACUUUGAUGGCUAAUUCUACAAAACCCGUUAAUUUGAUCUUAUAUAUAGAUAAUUUUGGUAUUAAAUAUUAUAUUAAAUUAAACAAAAUAAAUAAUCAACACAACCACUUUAGUGUCAUAUUCUAAACUACAUUGAAAAUCAAUGUUAAGAAAUAAAAUACAGUUAUUGUACUUAAAUAUAAUAAAAACAAUAUUAAUAACUAUGUGUAAAAGUCAAAUAAUACCACAACAAAAAAUGUUGCAUUAAAACACUAACGUGUCACUUACAACACUUUUAACUAAUAUUGCAUCAUCAGAAGUCACACAUUGACAUUGGCUAAUUCAAUAUAUUGCCUUACAUAUGUCGCAAUAUAACAUAAUAAAAAAAAACAUUUCGCUACUAAACAUUUUUAAAACUCAGGCAAGGUACUGUUAUUAUAUAUAUAUAUAUAUAAAAUGAUAAGCACCUCAGCGAAACAGUUACACAUAUUCACAAUUAUUAUGACUGUACUCCUCGAGCUAACUGCUAAAAGCAUCACCAAACAGUUGAAAGUACAAAACGCUAUGCGAUCACAAAUCUAACUAACAAGUUAUAAUAUCGAUAAAAAUAAAAUUUACACCGUCGAUACCUCCUAACCAUAUGUACACUACAUAAUCACAUUAAACACUAGUAAUAGCGCAAUUACAUUUGGUCGUUAUCCCGAAAUAAACGCAGCCGUACGCCCGUAUUUGGACAGUUUUUGUUUUGGUUGCUCGACGCCGUCUCCAGCCCGUGUUCGAGUAAAAACAAUAUAAAUAUUGUUUCGAAUGCCCGAAUUCGUGCAUCCAAAUAUGGGCUAACAACCAAAUGUAAAUGCGCCUUAAGUGUGGGGCCGCGAGUCCACGUAUGACAUUUGAACUUACUCGAUCGCGUUCACGUAAACGAGAAAUCGUAAUAGCAACCUCAUCUAUUAGAAAAGACCAGAGUAUGUACUAAAAAUAACUGUUAUUGAGUAAUUUCUCAUAAAGGAGAGGAUUUUAGUCCAUACUAAAUUGUAUUUUUAGUAUCCUUUCCUUUGUUUAAUUUUUUAACAUCACAAUGCAGAUGUCGUAUAUUCUAAUAUUUAUUAUCGAUUCAUCUUUUUCAUUGAGUUUCAGUGAGAUAGUUAGAACUAUGAAAAAAAUAUAACUUUCGACUGCCUUAUGCGACAAUUUCUCGAUCCAGUCUAUUUUAAAUAUUACACUAAUCGUCCAGUCGCAUGCCGCUACUACCAGAAUAUGUUUGUGACGCAUCACGACACAAUAGUCUGUUUCUGCUACUACACUAGAGUUUGCAUUGCAAAUUUUUGGUUGGUCUGAUUGAAAUUGAUAUAGCAAAAAUUGCUGCAUACGGAGAAAGAGGGGGCGGUGUAAGCCGCUUUUUGAUUGGCCGAGGUAUUGUGACGUCACGAUCUGAUGGCUAAAUAAGUGCAAAUUGUACACGACGGUUUGGGUUCGUGCCACAUGCUUCGUCUGGUCUUAUUACAAAUUAAGCUUAGCAGAAACGUUUGUCCUUGUAUGCGGUCUCUAGUCGGGGUGCUGUGUGGUAUAUUAUUUUAUACUUCCAUGGUCACUAACACUAUGGUAACUUAUGUUGUUAACGGGAUUGCUUCCAUGUACCACGGAGUCGCGGCGCUUGCAACAGUGCCAAAAUAUCGGGAGCUCACAAAAAACAUGGUAGCCAUCUCGUUAAUAACAUAAUAAUAUAUUACUACAGUGCUAUGUGGUUAUUAUCAGUCUCUAGAGUAACGUGGCGGCGAUCGAGUCAGCGUUCUAGGGUCGGAAGCGGGGAUGGGGUGGGGACGUUUGCGAGUGCAAUGUUCCUGGCACGCGGCGUUCGCGAGCGCAAUGUUCUUGGCGCGGGGCGUUCGUGAGCGGCGCGUUAGCUGCCAACGGACACGGGCCGAGCGCGCGCGUUUUUGAACGGUUGGGGCGGGGACGUUCGCACAUAGAGGUAUAAGAUUAGAGUAGGGGAGAUAUAGACUCUACUACAAGUGGAAGUGUCCCUCUAACUAAUAGAAAGAGAAAGAAGAUGAGAGACCGCUAGCUUCUCUCUAAUCGCGCAUGCGCAUUGGCAACCGUUAGAAAUCAGAAAUCAAUAUAUUAUCUUUAUUCAAAUUGGAUGUAUAGUACAAUUCUUUUGAAUCGUCCAAAAAUUUUUUUCCCUACCACUCGUUACGGACAUAUUUUUUAUUUUUUAGCUACGGAGAAAAAUAUCUUACUAUUUCCAUGUGAUGCCAUGCAUCACAAGAGAGAGAUAGCUAGCGGUCUCUCAUCUUCUUUCUCUUUCUACUAGACGGACACUUUUAGAGCCGCCUUCCCCACUCUAUUCCUCGUACUCUUAUACCUCUAUGCGUUCGCCAUUGCAGUGUUCGCGGCGCGUCAGUUGCCGGCGGGCACGGGCCGAACGCGCACGUUGCUGAAGGGGCGGGGCGGGGACGUUCGCGAGCACAAUGUUCGCGGCGCGCGGCGUUCUCGAGCGCUGCGUCAGUUACCGGCGGGCACGGGACGAGCGCGUGCGAACGCGCCCGCGCCGUUCGCGUGGCCGUUGCUGAAGCCGUUCUUCACGGCGCCGUUCUUGUAUGCACUUGUUGCCUUUAUCUCCGUCGUCUCCGGCUGCGGAGAUUUGGCGCGGACCUGGGAAACAAUAAAUUGACACUUAAUUUAAUAUCACACUAAUAUAAAAAGCCGAAAGUUUGUGAGUGUGUAUGUUUGUUACUUCUUCACGUCUCAACGGCUGGAGCGAUUUAAAUAAAAUUUGGUAUGGAGUUAGCUGACACCCUGGAUUAACACAUAGGCUACGUUUUACUGCAGGAAAAUAUCCCUAAUAAACCGCGGGGCAAAGCUAGUGUGUAUAUAUGUGUGUGUCUGUGUGGUGUCGAUUUUGUCAUGAUUCUCUAAACCUUUACUUAAAUUUGACAACAGUGCAUCCUUGUCAUUCUCAAUACAGAAUGAAAAGGAGACUGAUGUGAAAUUUAGCUUUAAGUUUAAAGAUGCAUGCCCGAAUCGACACCAAUGAUAGUUGAUUUUUGAAAUUUGAUCAUUCUUUGCUGCGUCUUUUGCUAAACUCUGAUGAUGGAUAAGCUAAUGGAGGAUGAAACUGUGCACGCACUGGGACAGCAAGGAUCAACUCACACACAGUCAUAAUGUGCGCGAUCCUUUAUUCGACGAGCGACUUUUUAAUACCACUUAUCUUGUUUUUUUACCGGCAGCAAAUUCAUAUCUAUUUUCUUCGUAUUAAGGUAUUCGCAAAGGGAAAAACAUGACGCGUCGCUUCGACUCUACGCCCCAGUGUGAGUUGAGCCAAAACUGCGGCGAAUUUACCGUAAUGUAAGCACUGCGACAAAAAACCGCAAGAUAUUUUCAUGCAAAAAUUUGGGGCCACACAGCGCUACGUGGACACUGUUCUAACUUUCCUGAACUACAACAAUAAUUAUUCUAAUGUAUGAUUUGUUUUGAAGUUACAUAAUUUCGGGAUUGCUAUGCUUCUUAUCAUUGUUUUCACAAUAAAAACUAAAAUCACCUUAGCCUUAAAUUAAUAGAGUGCAUGCCGAUCUACCAGACGAACGCAGUCUAUGAACUCUUCUUAGUUUUAGAAGAAUAGGACUUAUUAUAGAAGUCUUUAAAUAAGAAGAAAAACAUGACGGCGUGCAUGCCGAUCCAAUUACAAACCAAUAUUGAAGUAGACGCUACAUGUACUUCAAAUUGUAUGGAAACCGAGGAGCGCCUCAGAUUUCGAGUACUUACGAGAACAAAUAAAUGGUAUUGCCUAUUUCAAUUACAUCGUAUUUACAGCUUAAUAUUAUGGACAUAGUUAGAUAUUUUUUAAAUAUUACGGUAACGCGAUCAAGUAAAUUAGCGUAAAAGGAAGACCUUUGGUCUCCCUUUUGGCACGCGAAGUACAGACUUGCGUUAUUGCGAUCUAUGUCUGUAAAUCCAUCAGACGAACGCACGCGGGUAGUCUCAUUUUUUUAUGUUUAAAAGGGUGGCAAACAAGCUUAUGGCCCGCCUUUUGGCAAAAGGCCACCAAAGCCAAGACGCUUACCUACGAUACAAAAAAUGUCACUCACGCCGUUGCCUACCUUGACACAAUCCCCUGCCCCGCGGUGUCCUGGAUCCUUUCUCAUCGACAAAAACACAAUACCACCAAAGGGUACUGUUAUUUUAUUGUGUUCAUACUCUUAGUGUUUUUAAGGAUAAGGGCUAUCUCACUUUGACCAAUAUUUAUAUAUUACAAUCAGCAAUUUUUAUUAUACAAAAUCCAAUAUACUUUGAAAAUAAAACCACAUUACGUCUGAAUACGCGUAAUAAAUAUAAAUAUGAUAUACGCAUACCUAGGAUUAGUGAUGUAACGAAUAUUCGCAUUCGCGAAUAUUCGCAUAUUUUUGAAUGUUCACAUUCGCAUUCGCAAAAUCUCUGCGAAUGUUUUGCGAAUAUGAAUAUUAGAAAAAAACAAUUUGAAGAAGUUGUAGUUCUACCUUUCCUUGAAUAUUCAUUGUUACACAGCUUGCAUUUAGCUCGUUCAGCAUCGCAAAGUGUGAAAUAAGUCCAUGUUUCACUAGAAUUCGAUUUACCCAUGUUAAUAAAUCAAUAUUCAAACUCUAACCUCAAAAUUCACUUGUUUUGUUUACGGAAAGACCGGUGCGAGCGAAUGACACUUCAGUCGGAUGAGUUCAUAUCAACUCGGCAAUUCGAACGAGACUGCCACCAUGCCAUAGACAAUUGGCGCCAAUUUAAAAAAAAACUAAAUAUUCGCAUUCGCGAAUGUUAAAAAAAUGACAUUCGUCACAUCACUACCUAGGAUAAAUAAUCACUUGUAUUAAAUAGCGCGUUCAGUUCUAGUAUAAAGAUCUUCAAUCAUUUGCCUGCAGAAAUGAAAGCACUCAAUUUGCCACUGUUUAAAUUUAAGUUAAAAAACUGGUUCCUAAAUAAUAUCUUCUUUAGUGUUGAUGAAUAUCACACUUGUAAAACUAAAUAUAAUUUAGGCUCUAAAAUGUAAAUUUUAAUAGAAAAUAGUUUUAAGUUAUGAAUUUUCCCAUUGCAUGCCCGUUGUGGGCACUGUUGUGACUUUAUCAUUGCAAUUCCAACUGCAAAAUUGUACACAGUUUUUAAGCACUAAAGUUAUUAUUAUUAAGAACUCACCUUAGUCUUUGAAGAAUAGGACUGGUUGUAGAAGUCUUUGAAUAGGAAGAAGAACAUGACGGCGUGCAUGCCUAUCCACCAGACGAAUGCGCGCGGGUAGUCGCACUCUAUGAACAAUAGCUGGAACGCGUGCACCAUGAUACCGAUGAAUUGGACCUGGGAAUAAAUAAAUAAUAAAUAAAUUAAUAUUUCCAAUACUCACACCAAUUAGCCUUGCCCCAAAGUAAGCACUAUAAGGCCUGUACAUAUAAGGACUGGAGUACAAAUGCUCGUGUUCAUCACACAAACAUCUACCCCCACCGGGAUUCGAACCCGACACCAUGAAACCCGGCGUACAAACCACUCGGCCACGGAGGUCGUCAAUGGGAACAAAACAUUAGUUUCAUUCAGAAUCAGAUAAACCUUGACCGCCUAUUUAAAAAACGCAAACAAAAGUUAUUAUUAUUUAUUAAAAAAGUUAAACUUGAGACCCAAGCACGAAUUUUAACGUGGCUUGACAUUUAAAAUGGCAAAGCUAAGGAUUUUAUCUCUCUCGGUCUUCCAGGUAACAAUAAUGUGCGAGAGGGACAGAAUCUAAGGCGUCGCCAUUUUAGAUUCGUUUCUUUAAUAGGUAGCGUUUUAGCAGGAACUACCUCCCACUGUCAAGUUAUCAAUUAUAUUCAUCAAUAUUAUGUUUACAAUACUGUCAAAUCUUGUACUAGGAACACGGAAUACGUGUUCAACAAUCGUUGGUGUUAUAUACUCUCGUACUUAUACGUUGGUGGUUUAUAAUAAUUUUAGUUAUUGUAGUGGUUAUUAGUAGUUAUCAAGAUGAAUUUUAGUUUGUGUUUAACUAUUUAUAACACAACAAUUAUACAUAAUUACAUUUAGUUGUUCAGUCUUGCAACUUUAUUGUAAGACUACAAUCAAAACAAAGUAAAAUAAAAUUAAAUAGCAUCAUGUCAUGUUGUUUAAUAAAUAUAAUGCUACACUUGAACAUUGUAGUAUAAGUUAUGCUAUUAUAUUCAUAAGUAUGAUUUUAACACUUCUAGCAAGUAUGUUGCGUUAUUAACAGGAAUUGUUAAGAAUAAACACAUUUUAUGUAAUACUUAUAUGACCCACAAUAAUAGCACAGUAUAAUAGGUAAUACUUGUGCCAAGACAGUUGGAGCUGCAAUUUGUCAAAUGUGGUUUUGAAUAUCCACGUACAUAUCGCAAUAUAUAACGACUUUAGAAUAACUUCAAUCAUUAUAAUAAAGACACAAGACAAAAUUGGUGUCAACACAAAGUAGGUAUAAAAUAAACUGUGACACAAGUUUUCAAUGGUCAAGGGAAUACAAAUAAAUAAUUGUACGUUAAGAAAGACGAUUGUGGUGCACAAAAAUAGUAUUUAUUUAUUAUCGUACCUGAAUCGAUAGCGCUACAUCUCUUUUCUAUUGAAAUAAAAGAACACUUUGCCCCUUUUGGUGGCGUACUACAAAAAUUAAUCAGUACUUUGCAAAAGUCACUUGAAACUUGUAACACUUUGUUUUUUAUAGAUUAACAGCUGUUUAUGUACUAAUACUGCAUAAGCGUGUGACAUUCCCCGAAUGUAGAUGAAGCUUGUAACGUCGCUAUACAAGCUUCUUACAAAGGAUACAAGUUUGCAUCAAAUUAAGUCGUCAUGCAACCUCUUUGUCACACUGUCGCAUCCAAGUUGAGAUUUCGAUUCCAAAGAAAAAUUUAGUAAUGCGGACUCUAAUGGGGGUGCUUUGUGGGCGAUGACAACGGCAAUAAUAAAUAGUUAUAAUUUUUACAGCUUGCAACUUAAGAAUGGCUAGAAGAAUUUCGACGCGGUCCGUGAGGGUCGCGGUAGCAUAAUUGGUCAGUGCAUUCGCCCGGAUUGCGAAGGGUUCGAGUCCUGUCUGCUGCCUGGUCCGCGUGGAUUUUUUUCUAGUUAUAUUUUCUUUAGGCAAUAAUAAAUGUUGAAUAGUAAUUAAAAUUAAAAAAAAAAAAUCGUUUUGCUCACCAUCUGCAGCGUCGUUAAGUACUUCUUCCACCACAAGUAAGGCCUCAUCUGCGGCCCCAUAGCGGCGAGCAUGUAGUACGAAUACAUGAUGAUGUGCACGAAUGUGUUCAGCAGACCGAAGAACGUCGAAUGUCCGCCCGGAGUGAACUUGACUCCGAACCAUACGGACAUGGGCAUCACGCCGUGGUGGAUCACGUGCAACGUGGACACGUGGUCGAAUUUCUUUCUCAGCACGAAGAAAAUCUGCGGGCGAUAUGAACAAAUGAAUAACGCUUGGAGGGAUAAGCAAAUGAAUAACAUUGCUUUCCAAGAACAAGGAAGAUAUUUGUGGGAAUAAACAAAUGAAAAACACGUCUUUCUUAGCACAAAGAUCUGCGAGCGAUUAGAAAAGGCAAGAACGUGGAGUGAUUGUCCCGGGUAAAUUUUACCAAGAACCAUUCGGCCAUGGGUAUCACGUCGUGGUGAUUCACGUGCAACGUGGACACGUGGGCGAAUUUCUUUCUUAGCACAAAGAAGAUCUACGGGCGACACGAACAAAUGAAUAAACCAGCUCGUUCAGUUGCCCAAAUCGCGUUUUAGCUAUACCCUCGACGCUAACUUUAGAACAACAAAUGAUUUGGACAUAAAGUUAACUAGAAAAGAUGAACAAACAAAUGAAUUAUGUAGCUGGUAUUGUGAUUACAGAUGAUGUAAUAAAACCGUCUUGGGUAGAUCAGGUUUUCCAGUAACAUUUGAUUUAGAUAUAAAAGUCUAAAAACAACAUUGUAAGUUUUUUGCGACAUAUUUUAUGUCUUUGCACAAAAAACUACCAAAUGUCAAAAUUACUUUUUUACAAUGCCAUUCGACAUUAAAAUAUUGUAAAAACCAUACAAAAUUUAUUCGUAAAGGCCCGUCUUUUUUAACAUUGUGAGGAGAAUCAUUUCAUCAACCGAAGCUUAGGUAUCUUAUAUUUCUGAAAUAACAAUAAAGAUAUAAGAUAAAGAAGAAGGCAAACUAUGCGAAAUGCGACAUCGUAAAUUCAUGGCUGUGAUAUAUUUAUUUCUAUAGACCUUGAUCUCCAUGUAUUUUAAGCUGGUAAAUAUGUUAUAAUUUGCUUUAAUAAUAUAUUGUUUUACACUUUCAUGGUUACUAACAUUAUCGUUAUUAACGGGAAAGUACCUACAUGGUAGCAAUCCCGUUAAGAAACUGUUACUUCGUAAUCAUGGCGCUUGCUUGCAUACAGUGGUGUCGAUUCUGGCAUGAUUCUCUAAAGCUAACUUAAAUUUGACAACAGUGCAUCCUUGUCAUUCUCUAUACAGAAUGAAAAGGAGAGACUGGUGUUAAAUUUAGUUUUAAGUUUAGAGAAUCUUGCCAGAAUCGACGCUAGUGUCGAAAUAUCGGAGACUCAUAAAAAUAAGGAUUUACUUGGUAGUAUAAUCCCGUUAAUAACUAUAAUUUGCUUUAAUUAUCAAUAUUGAUAUAUUUUUCUACAUUUGGAUUUUUUACAACGUCAAGCUACGAUCCCUCCUUUAGAUAGGUAUAAAAAACAAUCAGAUAUCAUGAACAUUUCUCUAUUACAGAAUACAAGCUAUUGGGAACAAUGGUGUCAGAACAACCAGAAGAACGGUGAUAUAAUAAAAAAUCUCAUUUUCUACCACUAUCAAACGAAACAUAUCGUUCAGAUUAGAUGGUUCUGGGGUUAUGAGCCUUGAUCUGAAUGGGAAUUAAACCCAGGACCAAGAAAGUUCAACAUCCACUGUUGAAUAAUGUAGCGAGAUUUCUCUAUGGAAAUUGCUAUGAUAAAAGUCAUAUAUUAUUAUAUGUAUAAGUAGUAUAACACAUUGUAUUUAUCCAUGUGCAUGAUGUCACUGGACAAUAUUAAUAAGUUAUAUAUAGGUCAAGCAAAACAAGUUCCUUUAAAGACCAGUUCAUGUUUUUUUGAUCCGGUUGAGAAGAUCUAGUUUGACCUCUGCUUUAACUCUCGUGACUUUUAUAUUCUAACGGGGAAGUUCGAUAAUAAAAAAUGAGUAAGGUCGCCUCAAUGGUUUAGUGAACUCUGCUGAGUAAAGGAUAAGAAGAAAGUUAGGUUUUGAUUGUUUACUUGUAAACUGCAUUGUAAGCUCAAUCCACCUGGUGCCUCAUGGUGGGGAGGUCUUUUUGAGGGACUGAUAGGCAUUGUUAAAAACAUAUUGAAGAGGGUCUUAGGAAUUUCCUGUUUGAGCUAUGAACAAUUAUUGUUGACUGUGAUUUAUGAAUGCGAGUCUUUUGUAAAUUCGAGACCUAUUGCCUAUGUUAGUGACGAUACUCAAGAACCAAAAGCCUUGGCACCUUCUAUGUUUUUGAUAGUUCGACAGGGUGAUAAUCUAGGUACGAUAGUUUUGUACGAUGACAAUGAGUUGUCUGCGAAAAAUUUAAGUCGUCAUAGGAGCGAAUAUUUAGGUUUACCUACACUCUCGGAAAAAUAAAAAACGUUCCUUCUUUUGUACCUAAGGUGAUAUUGUUAUUGUUGCAAAUGAUACAGACAAGCGUGUCCGAUGGCCUUAGGCAGUGAUUGUAGAGGUGAUACCGGGCAAAGAUGGCAAAGUGAGGAUUGCAAAGGUUCGCACUAGUAAGGGAAUGUUAGUGAAACCUGUUCAGAAAAUGUAUCCUCUGGAAUUUGUCACUGACUUUAACUGCUAAGCGGCAAGUAUUCAGUACUAUUUUUUUAAGUCGGGACGAUGCUGUCAAUGUUUCGCUCGCGUUUUUCAUUUUUACUAUAAAUUGUAAUUAUUGUACAUAAUAAUGUUCUCAUUAAAAAAAAGUAAAGAUUUUAACAAGAUAAAUGAGGAUCUACAUUUAAGUAAAAUUUUCUUUGCACACUUAUGAUGUUAAUCUAAAUACCUCGGGGUUUGUGGUCGUGUUUAAAAUAACAAAUAUUAAUUAGUUUUUAAAUAGGCUGUUGCAUAAAAAUUUAAUAAGAAAAUUAAAAGUUAAUGAUAUGUUUGAACCGCAACAUUUUCAUUAUGUAUAAUAAUGGGGCGAGAUUUACCGACAUAUAUGAUUUAAUGUAAUUAUUUCUCUCAUUUGUAUCAUUUACGAUUUUCCAUAAGUAUAUUGCAAAGUUGUCAUUACUUAUCAAUGAACUUACCGUAUCAAAGAAUUCGGUGAAUUUUGAAAAAUAAUACCACCAACACGCAUGUACCAUCUGAAAUGUUAUAAUGUAUAUUAGAAUUUGCCUUAAAAUCUAAAUAAAAUAAUAUCAAUGUUUGUAAAAAAACUAUGUAUUGUUACAAUGAAUUCUUAAUCUAGUGGUAUGAAGCUUGCAAGUUAAUCUAAAGGCGAAUGUUUAUGACUGAUUAGUUUAUUAAAAAAUAAUAUAUUUGUAACCUAUGAAAAUGUGGCAUGAUGGACUGAAUGAAAAUUAUUCUAUCUAUUGUGUGAUAGUAAUAAUGAAGUAUUUAUACUGAUUUAAAUGCGAUGUUGGUGUUAAAAUGCCAUUAUGUAAUGAAUGAUCUUACAGCUAAGUCAGUAUUGAUCUCUUUUUCAUGCAAAGAUCCAGGGGCUUGUUCUGUGCAAUCAGUGAAAAAUGCAGCUGUACUCAUAACAUGGGUGAAAUAGGCAAUCAGAUUUGUAAAUUUUGAAAGAUAAAAAGGUGAUUUUAGAUAUCUCUGUUUUUUCAAUUAACAUUUUUAUUUUUAGUUAACAUCAACGUAUGCUUUGUUCACACUUGGGUUUUCAGUAAAUAAAAAAAAAAGAUUGGUGUUUUUUUAUAGCCAUGUAGAGAAGAGGCAAAAUGGUAGCCACGGGUUCGGUUAUUUAAUAAACAAUGGUAAUUCACCCUUAUUGUUUGUGGAUGUUUGGAGUGGUCGACUGGUUGACACUGAUAGCUAUACCUGCCUGUGAACCAGCCAGAUGCCCCGAUCUGAAACAAUACACCGUCACCAUACCCUAGUCAAUCUAAUAUUUACACAAAGUCACAUGCAUUCUCAUGUGAGCGAAUCUGUUAACCACCACUCUAAAUAAAAUCUUAUGUAAGAUAAUACAUAUAUAUACAAAAUGAUUAAAUAUCUGUUUUCUACAAGGGUAAGUUCAUAAGUUUUUGGAGCAUACCUCGCUUGUUCACUGUUUGGUAAGCAAUUUCAAUUGUUUUGUGUUUCAUUUGUUUUCUAUUAUCAAUAUACAUGCAAUUUUUAUAAUAAAAACGAAUGAACUAACCCAUAUACAAUACUAAUGUUAGUUUAUGAUGCCGAAACUUGUACCAUUCGACAUUUGAUAUUAUACUAACGAAAUAUAACUUAGACUACUUAUAUUGAUAUCCCCUGAUAUACGAUAAUUUUAUACACAAGACAUACUCAAUGAGUAUUUACAGUUGAUAAUUGUUAGUUUUGUUGCGAUUUGUUGAAGAGCCAUUUGCUUCACUUACUCUUGUGGCUACAGGAUUGUCUGAAUAGUCCACAGGUUCACACUUAAAACUGUAAUGUUUCAACCAACCCCCCAUCAAGCUCUGGGUAGGGUAAGGUAAUAAGAUUAACACAAAGUAGAAUUAGCAAUUAACAAAAUAGUAGAGAAAAAUCUAAUAUUAAUUAGGUAUAUAGGCCAACUUGCACCAACAUUCAUAAAUUACAUCAAAGUUUCAUCCAGUAUAGCAUAGUAAGAAACGAAAUCUAGUAGUCUUAUAUAUUAUAUCACUACUCUACUAGGAACCGGAGUUUUAUUGCUUUUUAAUUUUUUUUUAUAGUCUCCACUAGGUUUUUUGCAUUGCAGUAAAUGCUGCACGAAAUGAAGAUUCAUAUCAUGUUCCCAUAUUAUUGAUGUGACUAAUUAAAGGUAUAUCAUCUGGGAGUGUUAUUGAACUAGGUUUAGCUUCAUGGGCUCGCAUACAAAUUUGAUUUUACAAUGUUGGUGCAGAGGAAUUAAUUAACUCUAAAGUUCGAUUAAAGUUUUUGCUAGCACUUCUUUGCUAUAACAGUAAAGUAAGACAACACAUGAGUUUAAGAGCCUCCGCUGCCUUAGGGCCUGCGCUCAGUUAAGCGGGGGCACGGAGUGGAUGUCCGCUCCGCUUGCUAUUUGAAGUCAUUUUGUAGAGCAAAGCUGCGUUCAAAACCUACGUUCUAGGUGCAACAAAUGUCAAAGUUGACAUUAGCUUCAUAUAUUUUAUGUCAAAAGUAACAAGUUCUAAAAUACAUCAGAGUAAAAAGUGCCGCUCAGAGCGUAGGUUUUGAACGCAGCCCAGCGCUGGGUGAAGCCGGUCAGCGACGGCGCACGCUCGAUUGGCUGGUUUCUGUGUUCUUGUCUUCGUCGUCUUUUGGCUUGGUAGUAUUAUAAAAAAAACUUAACGUUUGUUCACCCGCGCGAUCGGAAUUGUACUGGCGCGGCGCUGUGAGAGUCGGUUGAACGAGCCCACGUGUUGAACGGGUCCCGCCACGGAGCACGGAGCAAAUCUCCGCGACGGAUGUCCGCUCCAUACUCCGUCGCGGAUAAUUCAAACACAUCGCGCCGCCCGUACAAUUCUGAUCGCGCGGGUGAACAGUCGUUAAUGGAUUAUUUUUGUUAAUAAUACUACCUAGCCAAAAGACGACGCAGACAACUGCUUUCAGCAUAGAGAUGGACACUUUUGGAGCCGCCUUUCCCACUCUAUUCUUAUACCUCUAUGGCUUUAAGGCAGUUGACGCCCUAAGGUAGCAGCAGGCAAAUGACAUAAAAUUGAUUUCAUGUCUCCGAGUAUGGCUGUUAAAAUAUUGAACUUUAAGCAGUAUAGCACUCUUUAUAGUUUGUAAUUAGACAACAUAGCUACUGACUAGAUUUUAAGCUGUGAAGUAAUAAUUAUU